GGGGGCACAGGAAGCUGCCGUUGCUAGGGCUUUACGUGGGGAUGCGGCGGUGCCGCCGCUUCCCGGUUCCGCUGGGCUGGGCCUGGCCGGGCCUGGCGAUGGCGUCGCUGGGGCUGAGCGAGCGGGAGCAGGCCGGGUGCCGCCAGCUCCUGGAGCUGCUGGACACCGAGGAGCUGCUGGCGCUGACCGACACCGUCACCAACCGCCUGGUGCACCCGGAGAGCCGGCAAGAAGCCAUUCGUGCCGUUGUGCUUUACAGCCAAAGCGUAGAAGAACUCUUGAAACGCAAAAAAGUCUAUCGAGAAAUAAUCUUUAAGUACCUGGCAACACAAGGAAUUGCAGUGUCUCCUUCCUGUGAGAAACAUGUCCUCAUCGACCGCGUAAAGCAGUACUGGAGCGGGCAGUUAACAACGCAUGCCUCAGCAUCAGGGGAGAGAAAAACACAAGCAGAGAGUCGUGAAGACAGCCAAAAGUCACUGCAAGAUGAUAUUCGUAAUCUAGGAGAAGAAUUCUGUCAGUGGUUCUUUGAACUCCUGAAUUCUCAACAUCCCUUGGGAGUAAAAUCUGAAGAAGCGUGGGGACCCCAGCAUUUUUGGGAUGAUGCCAAAAUGAAGUUCUCUUAUAACACAUUAGAAAAAAACAUGGAAGAAUAUGUUGGUGCGGAAAUGGUGAGCCUUCGUCUGCUCUCCUUGGUUAAAGAAGAAUAUCUUCUGUUCAACCCGAAUUUGCAUGCCAGCGGACUGAAAUGUGCCAUGUCUCCGCACGGGUUAGUGCUGGUGGCAGUGGCUGGCACAGUGCAUAGAGGCAACUCGUGUUUGGGUAUCUUUGAACAAGUUUUUGGACUCAUUAGCUGUCCCAUUAGGCAGAAUACCUGGAAAAUAAAAGUUAUGAGUCUUAAAAUAGUUGGACAGAAUGCUCUGGAGCCUGGGAUGCAAAUUGAAAAUCCCUCCAUAAAGUACGAGUCAAACCAGCUGCAAGAGUUGUAUGAUGGGAAAGAACUACUUGUGUUUGAACCUGGGAAAUUGUGAGCAGUUUUCCCUCAGCUGGGUGACUGGGCGAGGGAGGAGUGGUUACAGCCAUGUGAUGCUGUCUCUUUUUUGAGUCCAGAUUGCUGGAUGACAAACAGAGAUACAGUCUGAAGUAUGUAUGCAGGUGAUGCUUUUGGGCACCUUUCCACGAGCUAACAAAUACUGCAGAGUGUUACUUUAAAUGUUGUACUGUAGUUAGGAACAGAGUUUGAUUAUUCUUGAUUACAAAACAUAGUUACAUUUAAAUAGGGGUUGGCAGCACUAUGUAAUGAGCGGGAUGACUUGGGGUUCACAAGCUUUAGGUUGCUUCUUUUCAGGUCUCCAGUUAAAACUCGUACCUGAAUUGUAACAAGAAGUCAUUGUGUCUGGCUUUUUGAAAUUGGAAUUGGGGGGUGUCUAAAUGGACAUCUGAGUCCCAAGGAAUCCAUGUGCCCUUUAGGAGGUUUUUGUUGAGAACAGAUAAAAUAGUAUGAAUGGAGAUUGCUGCCAUUUGUGUUCUAAAUGUGGUUCUGUCACAGAAAACCAGAAGUAACUUAAUGGGAUACUGCAAGGAAAGUUGCUUGUUUUUUUCUGUGCAUUCAUAGCUUCCUUUCAUUUUACCUUAUGGCUCCAACUUUGUAAUGAAUACAGACCAACUCUGUUAUUCUGUCUGACCCCGAGCAGACUUGAGAGGGUUGUCCUUGCAUCCAUUUCUAGCACUGAUUUCCUUGGAUGAAGUAAUUGAUUUCAUGAUUUAAAGCAGCACUGUAUGAACCAAAUGUGUUGAUAAUUAUUUUGUAUAUGUUUCCAACAGAGAUUUUAAUACAAUAGCUGUGAUUUUUUUUUUUUAAUAUAUUUUCUCAAAAUAAGAAUUUAUUUGCUCAGAGAAGCUUUCUUACAUUGACUAGAGGUCAGUUUGUUAACACUGGGCCGUUACAGUGACAGGCCAUAUCAAUAAUCCAAUUACUAGUUAAUAACUGAAAGUGUUGCCAUUGUAGAACUUUCAUUUUUUACUUUUUUAUUUAUAAGGGGUGAGAGAUAAAACGAGAUGAAACUUCUUGUUCCACGGCUUGCUUGAAUUGUCUUUGAGUUCGGUUUCAUAGCUUCAGCAGUACAAGUUGUGAGAGUGGAAGCAUUCCCUGCAACGUAUCAAAACCAAACAAACUGUUCCCAUGUUUAUCAAAGAGGACAGGUGGUAAAAGUACGGGUGGGUGCAGGGAAACAGGAAGAUUGAGAUAUGCACAAAACUGAUGGUUUUGAUCAGUCUGGAUCGUGGCUUCUCUUUAAGAAUAUCUAAAAUUGUUUCUUUUCUAAGCCGAAGUUCAAAUGCCAUGUUGGGAUGUUCUUUCCCAAUCAACAGCUGGAGUUGUGGCUUCUUCAGUUCCUGAUGUAUAUUAAAGAAAAAUCAACCCAAAGUUAAAAUGUGGAAGAAGCAGUUUCCUCCUAUGUUGAGAAUUGCUUUCCUCUUCAGGUGAGGAUAAAACCCUGCCUAAAGGCCUAAGUGGGUACCUUUUCAACAGCUGAGUAUGACAGUCUGUAAUUCAACUGAAUACUUUGGCAGAACUGUACUUUGUAACUGGCAGCAUAGCUAUUGCUCUAGUCAGGGUGUUAAAUAAGAACAUGACUAA